AUGGCCUCUGUUUCCACCGACGAUGUGGACGGACCUGGUCAUCCCAAGCGGCAGAAGCUUCGCAAAGGCACUCACAGCUGCUGGGCUUGCAAGCGGCGGAAGGAGAAGUGUGUGCCAUGCGCAGACGAUUCAACCAUCUGUCUUGGCUGUAGGAAGCGUAGCACUCCCUGCCUCGCCCAGGAUCAGCCUGAGGAGACUGCGCCUCACUUCUUGCCCGCCAUCACCACCGCCAUCGAUGCGAACCCAAGGCCAGGCAUCACAGCUCCACCUCCUGCGCCAGCACCGACACAUAUAUGCUCUUCAUAUAGCCACCCCCGACACUCGGCUAUGCUCAAUGGCUCUACGCUUACUAGUAUGCCCUACACCUGGCUGGAUCCCAACCAUCCCAACCAUCCCAAUGACCCCACAUCGUCCGGCUCAUUGCCGGCACCAGCUAGCGUAGAUUCUCACCCAGUGCUCCUAGCCAGACACAUACUGAACAUAGUCACACUUCUUCAAGACCUGCACCCCAAUAUACACCAUGAGUUAGCUGGCCUUCAUGAGCCUCCCAGGGUAAUGGCAGAGCGUCUUGCAGAGCUUGCCAUUCGCCUCGUUACCUCUCAGGACCGGAUGCUGGCCAGUGUAGAAGGUUUAGAGUGCGUUGUCAUGGAGAGUAUCUAUCAUGGAAAUUGUGGCAGUCUGCGCCUUAGUUGGAUGGCUUGCCGCCGAGCAAUGCUCCUCGCACAGCUCCUCGGCCUGCAUGUGCAUGGGCCGGCUACUCCCAAACAAUAUCGAGUCCUAGACCACGCAACCCGAUGUGAUCCGCAGUACAUGUGGUUCCGCAUCGUCCAUUAUGAUCGUUACAUGUGCCUGCUACUUGGUCUACCUCAGGGCUCUACGGAUGUCAGCAUGGCUAGCAUAGCACUACUAGCCACUGAUACCGCCAUGGGCGGCCUUGAAAGAGUGCAGUGCGUCAUUGCUUCACGCAUAUUGCAGCGCAACGAAUCCGAUCCGACAAGCGUCGAAUUCAGUGUAACCCAAAGUCUAGAUAAAGAACUGCAGCGUGCUGCACAAACCCUCCCCAGCGAAUGGUGGCUGGUCCCGGAUCUUGGAAACCCAAUGCAAACCAAGCAGAAAAUCUGCUGGGACGUGCAGCGGCUGUACCCUCACGUACCUUACAUGUUGCUAUCUUCUACUGACCGGCGGUUCACAUACUCCAAAUUCGCCUGUGUCAAUUCUUCGCGGGAGAUCCUUUCUCGUUUCGCUGUGUUACGCAGAUCGAACCAAGUCGCGUACAACUGCCGCACGGUCGAUUACCUGGCCGUCAUGGCUGCAGUGAUGCUGCUUCUGGCCCACCUCGACAGCUAUCGCCACCCUUCGCAGGUCGACAUCAUCACGCACCUGUACCUAGGCGACCGGGCCAUGAUAGAGCAGGCCCAGGAGAAUUUACAGGAGGUCAGUCGGCUUAACGAAGAUUCGCUCAGUCGACAAAGCGCAGAACUCCUGCAGCGGCUGCUCGCUAUCGAAGCGGAAGCCGCUGAUGGCUACGAUGCCCCGGCACACAAUGUUGUAGUGCAGCAAGUUGCGCACAACGCACCUCUCGUGGAAAAGGCAGAACAAGAUCAUUCGCAGAUGCACAUUCCUUACUUUGGUUUAAUUAAAUUCAUCUCAACACUUUAUACGCCUCCGCCGGCAGCUCACAGCGGGAACUCGACGAUUAAGGAACUACACUCGAUACGCAAACUAGCGACGAGCGCGAAAGCCUAA